CGCAUGCGCGUCAGCAGGAGGGAGAAACAGUCAGGAAUACCGGAGAGGACGGACGAGACUCGACGCAGCCACACGCUCCUCAGACGAACCGGAGACAACAGUAGAGUUAUCAAACAAAGUUUACCCGAGUGUUAAAGCAUCAUGCCGGUGACAGAGAAAGACCUGGCGGACGACGCGCCAUGGAAGAAGAUCCAGCAGAACACCUUCACGCGCUGGUGUAACGAGCACCUGAAGAGCGUCAACAAACGCAUCGCAGACCUGCAGCUGGACCUGAGCGAUGGACUCCGACUCAUCUCACUGCUCGAGGUCCUCAGUCAGAAGAAAAUGUACAGAAAAUAUCACGCCAGACCAACAUUCAGACAGAUGAAGCUGGAGAACGUGUCCGUGGCGCUCGAGUUCCUGGACCGCGAGAACAUCAAGCUCGUGUCCAUCGACAGCAAAGCCAUCGUGGAUGGGAAUCUGAAGUUGAUCCUGGGUCUGGUGUGGACUCUCAUUCUCCACUACUCCAUCUCAAUGCCCGUGUGGGAGGAUGAAGACGACGACGAAGCCAAAAAACAGACGCCCAAGCAGAGAUUGCUCGGCUGGAUCCAGAACAAAGUGCCCGACCUUCCCAUUAAUAACUUUAGCCAGGACUGGAGGAACGGUAGGGCUCUUGGGGCUCUGGUGGACAGCUGCGCACCAGGACUGUGUCCUGACUGGGAGAUCUGGGAUGCAGGGAAGCCGGUUGAAAACGCCACAGAGGCCAUGCAGCUCGCCGACGAUUGGCUUGGAAUUCCACAGGUUAUUGCUCCUGAGGAGAUCAUUGACCCCAGUGUGGACGAACAGUCUGUCAUGACGUAUUUGUCUCAGUUCCCCAAAUCCAAACUCAAACCUGGAGCACCUCUGAAACCAAAACUGAACCCUAAGAAGGCUCGCGCCUACGGCCCAGGUAUUGAGCCGACGGGUAACCGGGUGAUGCGUCCGGCCGUGUUCACGGUGGACACCUACAGUGCGGGUCAGGGACAAGUCACGGUCUAUGUUGAAGACCCAGAAGGACGUAGAGAGGAGGUCAAACCUGUCCUCAAUGAAACCAAGAAGACCUACAGUGUGACCUACACACCACAAGUCAUGGGACCUCACAAGGUCACUGUGCUUUUCGCUGGUCAGCAAAUUCCAAAAAGUCCAUUUGAGGUGGAUGUGGAUAAAGCGCAGGGAGAUCCCACUAAAGUGACCGCUAAAGGCCCUGGACUGGAGCCGUUGGGCAACAUUGCCAACAAACCCACUUACUUUGACAUCUACACUGCAGGAGCUGGUGUGGGUGAGGUGACGGCUGUUAUUAAAGACCCUCAGGGUAACAUGAACACUGUGGAGGUCUUGAUGGAAGACAAAGGUGAAAGUGUCUACCGUUGCACCUACAGACCCGUACAGGCCGGACCUCACAUCAUCAAUAUAAUGUUUGGAGGCAUCGCCAUUCCCAAGAGCCCUUUCAAUGUCAACAUCGGCCCAGCAUCCGUUCCCAGUGCCUGCCGUGCCACCGGACGAGGUUUGCAGCCCAAAGGCGUGAGAAUACGGCAAGUGGCAGAUUUUAAGGUGGACACUCGUAACGCUGGAAGUGGAGACCUUAACAUCACUAUCAAGGGACCCAAAGGCCUGGAGGAGCCCGUAAAACAGAAAGACGCCUCGGACGGAGUUUACUCUUACGAGUACUAUCCACACACACCUGGCAAAUACACGGUCACCAUCACCUGGGGCGGACAGCACAUUCCCAAGAGCCCCUUUGAUGUUCAGGUGGGCUCUGAAGCUGGACCUCAGAAGAUUCGUGCGUGGGGUCCAGGUCUUGAGGGAGGUGUCGUGGGCCGGUCUGCAGAUUUUGUAGCUGAAUCCAUUGGGACUGAUGUUGGAGUGCUUGGGUUUGCCAUCGAAGGUCCGUCUCAAGCCCGGAUCGAGUGUGACGAUCAGAACGACGGCUCGUGUAACGUGUGUUACUGGCCAACAGAGCCGGGCGAGUACGCCGUCCACGUGAUGUGUGAUGAUGAAGAUAUCGAAGACAGUCCAUUCAUGGCCUUCAUCGUCCCUGAAAACAAAUCCAACAACCCCGACCAGGUUCGUGCAUAUGGACCAGGUUUGGAAAAGGCUGGCUGUAUUAUUAACAAGCCAACUGACUUCACUGUUGAUGCUAAAGAUGCUGGACCCGGACCCCUGAAAAUCAUCGCACAGGAUGCUGAUGGUGUGCCUAUCGACGUGAAGGUGAGAAGCAAAGGAGAUAACAUCUAUUCCUGCUCGUACACCCCGACUUCGGCCAUCAAACACACGGUGGCUAUGACCUGGGGAGGGGUCAGUGUGCCCAACAGUCCCUUCAGGGUGAAUGUUGGAAAGGGAAGUCAUCCACACAAAGUAAAAGUAUCCGGCCCAGGGGUGGAGAAAACCGGGUUGAAAGCUAAUGAGCCGACCCAUUUUAUCGUGGACUGUACAGAGGCUGGUGAAGGUGAUGUCAGUGUUGGGAUCAAAUGUGAUGCAAAUGUUAUAAGCGAUAAGGAGGAGGAUGUUGAGUUUGACAUCAUUCCCAAUGCCAAUGACACCAUCACUGUCAAAUACGUUCCUCCUGGAGCUGGACGUUUUACUAUCAAAGUCCUUUUUGCUGAUCAAGAAAUUCCUGUGAGCCCAUUCCGUGUUAAAGUGGAUCCUUCUCACGAUGCGUCCAAGGUGAAAGCCGAAGGUCCAGGACUCGCCCGAGCAGGUGUGGAAAGCGGAAAGCCGACUCACUUCACUGUUUACACCAAAGGAGCAGGCAAAGCUCCUCUGGAUGUGCAGUUUUCCGGACCUAACAAAGGACAACCUGUCCAAGACUUUGAGAUCAUUGACAACUAUGAUUAUUCAUACACUGUGAAGUACAUGCCGGUACAGCAGGGAGAGAUGGUGAUAACCGUGACCUUCGGUGGUGACCCUAUUGCUAAAAGCCCCUUCGCUGUGGGUGUUGCUGCUCCGCUCGACCUCAGCAAGAUAAAAGUGGACGGCCUGGAAAGUCGAGUGCAAGUAGGUCAGGACCAGGAGUUUGCCGUUGGUACAAAAGGAGCAGGUGGUCAAGGUAAACUGGAGGUGAAGAUCACCAGUCCAUCAGGUAAAUCUGUGCCUUGUGUGGUUGAACCUCAGCCCGGUAAAGGAGCCAGUCUGGUGAAGUACAUCCCCAAAGAGGAGGGCGUCUACGUUGUGGAGGUUGUCUAUGAUGGCAACCCAUUGACAGGAAGCCCAUUCCCUGUUGAAGCCAUGCUGCCUCCUGACCCCAGCAAGGUCAAGGCUUUUGGUCCGGGUUUGAAAGGGGGUCUGGUCUCCAGACCUGCAGAGUUUACUAUUGAUACCAAGGGGGCGGGCACCGGUGGGCUUGGACUUACGGUCGAGGGUCCCACCGAAGCCAAAAUCGAGUGUUCGGACAAUGGCGAUGGCACCUGCUCUGUGUCGUACCUCCCCACUGAACCCGGAGAGUACCUGGUUAACAUUCUCUUCGAGGACGUCCAUAUUCCCGGCUCUCCCUUCCACGCUGACAUCCAGUAUCCGUUUGAUCCCACCAAGGUGGAGGCAUCUGGUUCAGGUCUGAAGAGAGGUAAAGUGGGUGAGGUUAGCGUGGUGAACGUUGACUGCUCCAAAGCUGGACCUGGACAGCUGACGCUGGAGGCCGAAUCUGAUUCUGGAUCAAAAGCGAAGACUGAAGUUCUCAACAACAAGGAUGGGACCUACACGGUCACCUACGUGCCUUUGACUGCAGGCAUGUACACGCUCCUACUGAAGUAUGGAGGCAAGACGGUGCCCAAUUUCCCUGCGAAAGUGAACGUGGAUCCAGCUGUGGAUACAAGCAAGGUGAAGGUGUCUGGACCUGGAGUUACAGGGGAAGGGGUUUACAGAGAAGCUACCACAAACUUCACCGUGGAUGCUCGUGCUUUGUCCAGAGCUGGUGGAAAGCACAUAAAAGCUCAAGUGAAAAAUCCAUCAGGUGCAUCUACAGACUGCGUCAUCAGCGACAGCGGUGAUGGGACUUACAAUGUGGAAUACACACCGUUUGAGAACGGAGUCCACAGUGUAGAGGUUCUCUACGAUGAGACUCCCGUUCCAAAAAGCCCGUUCAAGGUUGGGGUGGGUGAGGGCUGCGACCCCUCUCGAGUGCAGGCCAAGGGUCCAGGUCUAGAAGGAGCCCUGACUGACAAACCCAACAAGUUCUCAAUCAUUACCAGAGGAGCUGGUAUCGGUGGUCUGGGAAUAACUGUAGAAGGUCCAUCUGAGUCUAAAAUGUCCUGCAAAGACAACAAAGAUGGCAGCUGUAAUGUGGAAUACAUACCGUAUGUGCCCGGCCUGUAUGACGUCAACAUCACGUAUGGAGGACAACACAUUGCAGGAAGUCCUUUUAAGGUUCCUGUAAAGGAUGUUGUGGACCCCAGUAAGGUGAAGAUAUCUGGACCCGGAGUCGGAUCUGGUGUGCGAGCUAAAAUCCCUCAAUCCUUCACUGUGGACUGUAGUAAAGCCGGUGUAGCUCCUCUCUCUGUGUCCGUGACGGGACCGAAAGGUGUGGCUGAACCGGUUGAUAUUAAAGACAAUGGGGAUGGCACACACACCGUUGCCUACACACCAUCUGUUGAGGGGUCUUAUUCUGUAGCAGUCAAAUAUGCAGAUGAAGACGUUUCACGCAGCCCAUUCAAGCUCCGCGUUCAGCCCACUCAUGAUGCCAGUAAAGUUCGUGCCAGCGGCCCCGGACUCACCACAGGCAUCCCGGCCAGCUUUCCUGUGGAGUUCACCAUUGAUGCUAAAGAUGCCGGAGAGGGCCAGAUGUCUGUCCAAAUCACUGACCCAGAUGGAAAACCCAAGAAAGUCGACGUUCAGGACAGCCGGGAUGGAACCUACAAAGUGUCCUACGUGCCGGAUCGGGUGGGUCGCUACACUAUUGUGAUCAAAUAUGGAGGUGAUGAGAUCACAACUUCUCCAUAUCGGGUUCGAGCAUCUGCUUCAGGCGACGCCAGCAAGUGUACUGUCACAGGACCUGGCAUCGGACCAACCAUUGGCAUCGGAGAGGAAGUGGGAUUUCUGGUGGACACCACGGGUGCUGGAAAGGGUAAAGUCACCUGUAUUGUGGUCACUCCCGAUGGUACUGAAGUGGAAGCUGAUGUCAUGGAGAACGAAAACGGGACCUUUGAUAUCUACUACAUGGCACCAAAGUCUGGAACCUACGUGAUUAAAGUGCUCUUCGGUGGAGAGAACAUUCCCAAGAGUCCCUUCAGAGUCCUGGCAACUGAUGAAGUUCCCAUGAUGCAACAGCAGUCAGUCCAACAGCAAAACGCAGCACCAGGCGUCGGCUUCCAGCCCUGGGUUACAGAUGGUUCAUAUAUGCCAGUAAACAGUGUGAAUGGGACGGGGUACAGACCUUUCGAUAUGGUGAUACCCUUCACGUUAAGAAAGGGUGAAAUCACAGGUGAGGUUCACAUGCCGUCAGGUAAAACGGCUCAGCCUGAGAUUGUUGAUAACAAAGACGGGACAGUGACUGUGAAGUACGCACCCACAGAGGCGGGACUCCAUGAAAUGCACAUAAAAUACAACGGGGCACACAUUCCAGAGAGUCCUCUGCAAUUCUAUGUCAACCAUUCAAAUAGCCCCAAUGUUAGCGCAUACGGACCGGGUCUGGUCUACGGGACCGCCCACAAAACUGCAAUGUUCACCAUCCUUACCGAAGAUGCGUCUGAGGGUGGUCUCGAUCUGGCCAUCGAAGGUCCAUCCAAGGCGGAGAUCAAUUGUGUUGACAAUAAAGACGGUACCUGUACAGUCACGUACCUGCCCACACUGCCUGGAGACUACAACAUACUCGUCCGAUACAAUGACAAACACAUCGCAGGAAGUCCUUUUACUGCCCGGAUCACUGAAGAUAACAAGAGAAAGUCUCAGGUGAAACUCGGCUCAGCUGCAGAUUUCUCUCUAGACAUCAAUGAGACCGACCUCAGUCUUCUCACCUCGAGCAUCAAAGCUCCUUCCGGCCGCGAUGAACCCUGUUUGCUGAAGAGACAACCCAAUAACCACAUCGGGAUCUCCUUCAUCCCGAGAGAGGUUGGAGAGCACCUGGUGAGCAUCAAGAAGAACGGUCAUCAUGUGGCAAACAGCCCCAUCACUAUUAUGGUGGUCCAGUCGGAGAUCGGAGACGCCAGCAGAGUGAAAGUCUCCGGUCAGGGUCUGGUAGAGGGAAGCACUUUUGAGAUGUCAGACUUUGUUGUGGACACACGAGAAGCUGGUUAUGGUGGUUUGGCGUUGUCCAUUGAGGGUCCCAGUAAAGUGGACAUUCAGACUGAAGAUAUGGAUGAUGGGACCUGUGGAGUCUCAUAUUGUCCGACUGAACCUGGAACUUACAUUGUAUCCAUCAGAUUUGCAGAGGAACAUGUACCAGGAAGUCCAUUUAAUGUGAAAGUCACCGGUGAAGGUCGAAUCCGUGAGAGCAUCACCCGUCGACAGAAGGCAGCUUCUGUCAGUAGUGUUGGAAGUGUGUGUGAUCUCAACCUAAAGAUACCAGAAAUUGACAUCCACGACGUCACGGCUCAGGUCACCAGCCCGUCAGGGAGCACAGAAGCUGCCGAGAUCGAGGCUGUGGGCAACCACACCUACUCGGUUCGCUUCGUGCCUCGUGAGAUGGGCGUGCAUACGGUGAGCGUGAAGUAUCGUGGGCAGCACGUGCCAGGAAGCCCGUUCCAGUUCACCGUAGGCCCGCUGGGCGAAGGAGGCGCCCAUAAGGUACGAGCGGCCGGUCCGGGUCUGGAGAGAGCAGAGACGGGUGUGCCAGCUGAGUUUAACAUCUGGACACGGGAGGCGGGCGCUGGAGGUCUGUCUGUCGCUGUUGAGGGUCCCAGUCGUGCUGAAAUCUCAUUCGAAGACAGAAAGGACGGAUCGUGUGGCGUCUCUUAUGUAGCGCAAGAACCUGGUGACUACGAAGUGUCUAUAAAGUUCAAUGACAAGCACAUUCCUGACAGUCCGUACCUGGUGCCCGUCUGCGCUGAUGUGGAUGACGCCCGUCGACUCACUGUUACCAGUCUUCAGGAGUCCGGUCUGAAGGCGAACCAGCCAGCUUCAUUUGCAGUCCGUCUGAAUGGGGCGAAGGGCAACGUUGAUGCUAAAGUUCACAGUCCAUCUGGAGCGCUUGAGGAAUGUGUGGUAUCUGAAAUAGAGCAAGACAAAUAUGCCAUUCGUUUCAUCCCACGUGAGAACGGCAUUCACACCAUUGACGUGAAGUUCAAUGGAAGUCACAUCCCCGGCAGUCCGUACCACGUCCGUGUAGGAGAACCGGGUCAGAGUGGAGAUGCUGGACUCGUGACUGCUUAUGGACCAGGACUUGAGAAAGGAACCACAGGAAACCAGGCUGAGUUUUUGAUCAAUAACAGUAAAGCUGGACCAGGAUCUCUGGCCGUCACCAUCGAGGGUCCAUCGAAGGUGAAGAUGGAGUGUCAAGAGUGUCCCGAGGGCUUCAAAGUUCACUACACACCGAUGGCUCCUGGAAACUACAUCAUCACUAUCAAAUACGGCGGUCCGAACCACAUCACUGGAAGCCCAUUUAAGGCCAAAGUCACAGGUACUCGGUUGGUGAAUGUGACCAAUGCCAGUGAGACGUCCACCCUGAUGGUAGAGUCAGUGACCCGGUCGAGCAGCGUGAACUCUUACAGCUCAUUACCCAGAGCUUCAUCUGACGCCAGUAAAGUUCUCAGUCGAGGUUCAGGUCUCAACAAGGCCUUCGUCGGGCAAAAAGCAUCUUUCUCCGUGGACUGCAGUAAAGCGGGAAAGAAUAUGCUUCUGGUUGGUGUUCAUGGUCCUGAGACCCCCUGUGAGGAGAUUUUGGUAAAACACAUGGGAAACAUGCAGUACAACGUCAGCUACAUCUUAAAGGAGCGGGGUAACUACAUUCUGGCUGUGAAAUGGGGCGACGAUCACAUCCCCGGGUCGCCCUUCCAAGUCAACGUCCCAUAAUUCUCUGUAGUUAACUUAAAAUAGUCCUUAGUUCUGUUAAGAAUUUCGCACUUGAUCUGAUUUUUGACUGGAAUGUUGAUGCGUUACAAUGAUGAUGUUGACGUGUCGGUUUUGGUUCAGCAUUGAGUUUUAUUCGUAGCUUGAAUGUUUAGAAAAUCGAAAUGACCACGUAUGAACAAAUUGAUCUGGGUUUUAAACUCAAAUGUCUAUUUACUACUGACAAUUGUCUUGAAUUGUUUUUCUCUUCCUAACAUACUGUCACUUUUAAUGCACAUAUAAUAAUGUUUCAAUAUCUGUGUUUAUUUCUUGCUGCAUAAACUGAGCUGUGACGUUUAUUUGCUCAAAUCAAAGCGGGAUCGUGGUGUAGCAAAUGCAGUUAUCUAAAUCGAGCACUUCUGUUGCUGUACUUCACUUCAGAAAAAAUAAAUUAUUGCAUAUUAAGGUUUUAGAAAUGAUAACUUGCUGUAGCUACAUGACCAAAAGUUCAGGCUCAUUUCUGGCUUUUUCAGAUACACUGUAAUAUCUUAAAGUCUUAUAAUAUCUUAUACAGUAACAGCUUACGGUAAAGUCACACUAAUAGAUUUAUGCCUGUCUUUCACAUUCCUCAUAUCUUCGCUCGUCUUUUCAUCUUAAUUCAUCUUAGUUUUGAUACGCCAGUGGUGAAGUAUUUCGUGUUUUAAAGGCAAGAGGGGAAAUUUCAUUGUAUUUGUAUUGAGCCAUGGGUGCCUUAUUGUGAAACACGUGAAUAGAUUUGAUGUACAUUUGCUUAUUAAAACAAACUGGAAUAAAGAGAUAGAAAGUUACUGUU